AGUACACAAUUUCAACUAAUUUAUUCCUUUUUGCAAUGAAUUCCAACUAUUUCAUUGAUGGCUUUAAAUUCAGGUUCUGUCCAUCACAGAUCACACUGCAUUGCGGUAAAAACCUCAUUUUACUGAAAUUCAUUGAAAUUUCAAAUUCUAAUCACGUGGGAGUGGGAGGUUUUGGGUGUGGAAUUCAUAUCUUUUGUGGGUUUUGCGGUAAAUCCAAUUUUCAUAUUGUUCAGUGGAAGAAAUCAUAUAUACAGGAGAUUACUUGCAUUUUCCAGUUGUUGAUUGUGAAAUUGUUGGUAUUGAAAGGGAAAUGGGGAGUCAUGAAAACAGAGAAAUUGAGACUGAGAAUUUGGGGGAAAAUGGAGGGUUGCCAGAUGACAUGAAGAGGCUUCCUCCAUGGGAAAAACAGAUUACUAUUAGAGGAAUGAUUGCUGGUUUAUUUAUUGGAAUUAUUUAUAGUGUUGUGUCGAUGAAGCUCAAUCUGUCCACUGGGUUGGUGCCAAACCUCAAUGUAUCAGCUGCUCUUCUUGCAUUCGUGUUCAUUCGAACAUGGACUGAACUGCUCGAAAAGUGUAAUUUUACGACAACUCCCUUUACGAGACAGGAGAACACGUUGAUCCAGACGUGUGCAGUUGCUUGCUAUGCUCUCUCUUAUGGAGGUGGCUUUGCAUCCUAUCUGUUGGGAAUGAGUAGGAAGAUAUACGAGCAGGCGGGAGUCGACACACGGGGGAAUUCGCCUGCGAACCUGAAAGAGCCAGCUCUUGAUUGGAUGAUAGGAUUCCUGUUUGUUGUUAGCUUUGUUGGUCUGUUAGCAUUGGUUCCUCUUAGAAAGGUCAUGAUCAUAGACUACAAGUUACCAUACCCGAGUGGAACUGCAACUGCUGUUCUCAUCAAUGGAUUCCACACUGCCAAAGGAAACAAGAUGGCCAAGAAACAGGUCCGUGGAUUCGGGAAGGUCUUCUCAUUCAGCUUCAUGUGGAGCUUCUUCCAAUGGUUCUACUCAGGUGGCGAUCAAUGUGGAUUCGCCAAUUUCCCCACAUUCGGGUUGAAAGCUUGGAAGCAAACGUUUUUCUUCGACUUCAGCAUGACCUAUGUCGGAGCAGGAAUGAUCUGCUCGCACCUAGUGAACGUGUCUCUGCUUCUUGGAGCCGUGCUCUCGUGGGGCAUCAUGUGGCCGUUGAUAGACCAACGCAAGGGGGAUUGGUUCCCAAAAGAUAUCAAAGAAACCAGCAUGAAGAGUCUCAAUGGUUACAAAGUUUUCAUUUCAAUCUCUCUCAUUCUCGGUGAUGGCCUUUACAACUUCGUUCAGACGUUGCUCUUCACGUUCCAAAGCAUGCGAACGACGUUCAACAAGAAGAAUCAGAUCUCAGAAUCGGACGACAAGGAUCAAAACACGGUAGAUAUCCGAAGGAACGAGGUGUUCAAGAAGGAGAGCAUUCCGCUGUGGGUAUCUUGCGUUGGCUAUUUGUUAUUCUCCGUCGUCUCAACCAUAAUCAUCCCGAUGAUGUUCCCUCAGCUCAAGUGGUACUACAUCGUCGUCGUGUACAUCUUCGCGCCAUCUCUUAGCUUCUGCAACGCCUACGGGACCGGCCUUACGGACAUGAACAUGUCGUAUAAUUAUGGCAAGGUUGCCCUGUUCGUCCUCGCGGCUCUGGGCGGGGAGGAGAACGGCGUCGUGGCCGGGAUGAUCGGGUGCGGCCUCGUGAAGUCGAUGGUCUCGAUAUCGUCAGACCUAAUGCACGACAUGAAGACCGCGCACCUGACCCUGACCUCCCCCUGCUCGAUGCUCAUCAGCCAGGCGAUCGGGACGGCCAUCGGGUGCGUGGUGGCGCCACUCACGUUCUUCCUCUUCUACAAGGCGUUCGAUGUGGGGAACCCUAACGGGAGCUACAAGGCACCAUACGCGCUGAUAUAUCGGAACAUGGCCAUUCUCGGCGUGGAAGGGUUCUCGUCUCUGCCUCAUCAUUGCCUGGAGCUAUGCUACGGGUUCUUCGGGUUCGCUGUGUUGGUGAACCUGUUGAGGGACAUGGCGCCGGGGAGGGUUGGGAGGUUCGUCCCUCUGCCGAUGGCUAUGGCGGUUCCGUUCCUGGUCGGGGGGGCGUUCGCAAUCGACAUGUGCAUUGGGAGCUUGGCUGUGUAUGUGUGGAAUAGAAUAAAUAGGAAGGAGGCUGGAUUGAUGGUUCCUGCAAUUGCAUCAGGUUUAAUUUGUGGGGAUGGAUUGUGGAUUUUGCCUUCUUGCCUUCUUGCUUUGGCAAAGAUCAAUCCACCAAUUUGUAUGAGUUUCUUUCCUGGGAAAAUAUCAUAGGAUUUUAGAUGAUAGAUUGUAGUAGCUAAUUGCAAAAUUAGAGUGUAAUAGAUAUGGAAUAAUCAAUGUUUUGGCGAUGAUGGUAGAUAUAAAAAAAUGAAAUUCAAUCUUCA